AUUAAAGCGGUUCCAUUGCAUGUCCAAAACCGAAGCCCAAACAGUUUCUCUCUCAACUUCGUCUUCUGAAACUUCUUCGUCUGCUUCCGUGCAUUAGUCCAGACGAGGAUCUCACAGAUCAAGUCCCUCUGCUCCUCCGUUCAGUCCGUACAGGAUAGACUAGUUUCGUUCACAAUGCCUUCGGCUCAAGAUCCAUUCUAUGUUGUGAAAGAGGAGAUUCAAGAAUCUAUUGAUAAGUUACAGUCUUCUUUUCACCAAUGGGAGCGUAUUUCAUCUGAUAAUGGAGAGCAAGUACGUCUCACAAAGGAGCUGCUUGCUUCUUGUGGAAGCAUUGAAUGGCAGGUAGAUGAGUUGGACAAAGCGAUUUCCGUAGCAGCUAGAGAUCCUACAUGGUAUGGCAUUGAUGAAGUAGAACUUGAAAAACGAAGGAGAUGGACAAGCACUGCUCGUGCUCAGGUGGGCUCUUUAAAGAAAGCAGUCGAAGCUGGAAAGGAGUCUUCUGGAACUAGUGUGAAUGGGAUGCGUCAAGAACUAAUGAGGGUGGCGAAUUCCCAGGAGACAGAAAGGUCCAACCCGUAUGGUGCGCACCAUAACGACGACUUCAUAACCUCAGAAUCAGAUAGACAAUUGCUUCUCAUAAAGCAACAGGAUGAGGAGUUGGACGAACUUAGUGCAAGUGUGGAGAGAAUUGGCGGUGUUGGACUUACUAUUCAUGAAGAGCUCCUCGCACAGGAGAAGAUUAUAGAAGAAUUGGGCACGGAAAUGGAUGGUACAUCAAAUCGUCUUGAUUUUGUUCAGAAGAAGGUGGCUGCAGUGAUGAAGAAGGCUGGUGUGAAAGGCCAGUUGAUGAUGAUACUAUUUUUGCUGGUUCUGUUCAUCAUCCUUUUUGUAUUGGUCUUCCUCACCUAGUCUGAAGAAUGGAACGCGUCUUCCGUCAUCGACCAUGGCAGGAGGGAUCUGCGUUCCAGAUACAACUGUAGAACUCUCAAGUACAGAUUAUUUUUACUGGAUGUAUCUAGGUUUCUUCGUAAAAGCUUUUCCCCGGAAAUUCUGAACCGGAAGAGUCUGCAAUCUUUUAAGGUUGUUUAGAAGUUUUGAGGCUGAUCAGAAUUUGAUGUUCAACAACCUGGAGUGUGAAACACAGGAGCUUUAUGUUCGUCACAUUUGUUUCUUACAUGGGACUUGUUUUAUGUCAAAA